AUGGGAGACGAACACCGUCCUUCAAGUCCACCACCGACAUAUGAAGAGGCCAUAAAUGAUCGUCCACCGCCGCCAUAUUCAGAAAAUCAGAACUCAUUUGCGGUGGGAUCAACACAUAGGCAAGUUAGCUCGCAUGCAGCAACGUGGGCAGAUCACUCCAGAGUUUCACCAAUGACCAGAAGCCCGAAUAACGUCAUAGUAAUUCAACCAGGUCAGCGCGAGGGAAACAGUGAGAGAGAAAGACAAUUUUCACGUGAAUCACAGACAAGUGCUGUGAUCACAACGCAGCCGCGCAAGAAGCGCUUGGGAUGUAACUGUCUAUGUUCGGCUUUACAGUGUACACCACGUACGUGUGAUUGCGAAAUAUUUUGCUUCAAUUGCUUGGGAUUCUUAUCAUAUCUAAUCAUUUGCGCUCCCGGAGUUUAUUUAUGCUGGGGGUGCAAAAAAACCUGCCCAGAAACUUUCGGCGAUUGUUGUACCAGGGAAACUAGGUUCAUGGAGAGCUACGACGAUCGAGAAGAUAGCAUAGUCGCUCAAAUUUGCUGGUAUUGCUUUGGACCGUGUUGUUGUUUCACGUGUGCUGGAGACAGCGAGGUUUGCCCGCUUACCGAUAUGUGCGUAAACCGAUAUGGUGUCCGCUCAGUUUUGAAGAAAAUGACGUGUUACUGCGGAAGUAACAAACUGUGUGAUUACAAUUUGAAUUUCAUGGACGAACAAGCGGUUGGUUUUAUAUGCGACUGUAGGGAAGUGGGAUGUUUAUGCACAGACGCUUCGUCAAACUAAUAAACAAAAAUGUGCGAGAUUCCCUAUUUAGCGAAAACAAACCUUUUUGCAAAAUUAGCUCCUCAGUUUUCAUAGAGUCCUCAGAAAUUUUUUACGGUAAAAAUGGACGGUUAAACACGACGUUUCGACCAAAAUUCGGUCAUUUUCAAUUGAAUAGUAAGAAUGCACGAUGAAUAUAUAUAUGCGUGUAAGAAGUAUAAAAUUUUUUGUAAGUGUAAACGGACAAUAAGAACAUAAAAAGAGAGGAAAUAAUUAGAAGAUAAUUAAAAACCAAAUUAAACAUAAAAAUAAAAACCUAAUUCAAAAUCUUUGCACGAAUUGAGUUCGACUGCACAUUGAGAGCAGGUCUCAGUUCCUGAAUAAAAAACAUUUCAUAAAAUCUUUGAUUUGGACACGUACAAUAUCAGCUGAGGCCUGAUAUUUAAACGAUAGGACAACACGAAUGGGGUCUGUUCGAUCGCUGACAGUCAGUGAGGAAACAGGUUGAUCCGAUGCUUUGGCGGCAAUGAAAGAGUAGAGUUGACAAGUUUGUCAGGAUAUUUUAGUCGAGUAAACAAUAAUUUCAGUUGAUCACAUUCUUCAGAGAAGUAACAGCAAUUGGAUGAAAGCCGAAAUGCACGAUCAAGCAUAGUUUUUAAUAACCCGCUCUUGUAUCGGUCGUCUACAUGGCUCUUGUAAUGCAGCAGGAGGCCAGUAUUUGUGGGUUUAACGUACACCUUAGUCUCAACAUGUGUGUGUUUGUUGAUAAAAAAAAAACGAAAAAGGAAGCAUGCUCUCACUCUCCGUCUCCAUGGUAAUCAAUCCAGGCGAAUUCAUACUCAUAGCUUUAAAUAUUUCUUCUCUUUGUUUGCUCUUAUCGUCCGUUUACACCUCCAAAAAAUGUUAUACUUCUUACACGCAUCUAUAAAUUCAUCGUGACAUUCUUACUAUUCACUUAAAAGUGACUGACGCUUUUAAAAAAAAAGUGACCGUUCGUUUUUGUUGUCAAAAGUUUUAUGACAUCGCUCAGAAAUUCGAAUCAAAAUAAAAUUUGAAAUUAUGGAUUUCAGUAUUCAGUUCAAUUCUUGGGUGCAAUUAUACUUUUCGCUCCCUUUGUGCUUAGGUCAGGAAUUUUUUUCCUACCAGUGAAGUCAAAAGCUUCCCCAUCUUAAUUAUAACGCGAGAGAAAUGCUUGAGAUAGUCACGUUUGAAUUUUCAUAAUUUACGACAGCAGUGCUGCUUCUAAAAAGCAUGACGUUAGUCAACAGCUUGAAUUGAAAUAAAUUUCAUUUUUGUCGGCAGUAUUGUCGCCACAAUCAAGUAAGGAUGAAUUCUAAGUAUUUUCAAGGAUACUUUCAUUCAAAAACAGGAAAGUUAGAAGUAAAAAAAAAAAAGUCAAGUCACUGUUUACAUUUCUUUAGGAUGUCACACGUCUACCCAAAAUUUUUGCGUUGCGUGAUAUCCCAAAGAGCGGCUGCAAGGAGACUACACUUUGUUUUUUUUUUUCUUUGAUCUCCUUCGUUGCCCUCUUGUUUGGUCUUAUAACGCAAGCGUUAUCUCCAGAGUGUGUUGCGUGACAGACCAAACCAAAUCAGAAUUUAAAAGGGUGAAAUAAAAAAACUCAUAAAACAUUUUUUCCUAGUUAUACCUCUAGCUUUUCCUCCCACCCCUCCCCAACAAGACCUAAGGCGACCGAGGGAGAACGGGCACUAAAAUACGUACUAAAGUCGAUUGCUUCAAGAUGGCGGAUCGCUGGGGUAGAUUCUCUUAUCCCCACGGGCCCAGUCCUACCGAAGAAAGUCUUAAAAUGCAGGUAAAGGCUGUUAUUAAUAUAGAAAAGUGUUCUUUAUCAAUUAUUCCUAUCUCGAGUGUCUUUAAUAGCGCUUAGUUCUUCCAAAAUGAAACACUUCGUAGGCAAAAUAUGCUGCCCAAUACAAAGCGACGGGAAGGAUAUAUGCACCCGAAGACUGCGCUGCCCUUUUGGUAAGUAAAAUUUCUGUAAGAUCUCUCUUUUGUGGCCUCAAUUUGUUGAAUACUGCUUCCUUUAUUCGUAGCACCUUCAUGAUGUAACUUGUAUUGCUUGAUGAUUACCAUCUAACUGUCCGAAGCAUCUAACAAAAUGCCGGCGGUGACUUGUGAUAGUGUUCCAAAACAUUUCAUGCCACCAAAACUGGGAAAAGUAUAGACGGCCAUGCAAUUCAGUUUCAUGUAAAGAAUUCACCCUUUUACGACGAUGAUGAAAAUUCGUUGGUCUGUCGCUCUUUACAGAAAGAUCCAGCUAUUGAAAAGUUUGGUUGGAUUAGAGAAAACACCGACCGGUUCUUUAAGUUCAAGCCUCGAAGUGUGCGUAAUGCAGUUAUUUGGGCCUUGCUUAUACCUGGUGCUAUGCUCUAUUUUAUCAAGAAGACUGCGGUAUGUCAGCUUUCUGUGUUAACAUUACAGGAUGUCUAUUUAAUCAUCAAGGAAAUAUACUUGCUUGUACAGGACUUAAAACUAUCAUCGUUUUGGUUGCCAUGGUAGAAAAUUAUUUUUCUGCACUUGAAUUUAAAACAAAAGUUGCAGAUUUAGCAGUGUGGCAGUCAUUUAGCAAGUUGUGUCACUUCUAUAAUAUGGUAUUUAUGAUCCAAAGUUAAUUAAAUUGACUUUCCAUUGCAAGGAAGGAAAACAGAUUCUACCCAUUCUCCUUAUAGUUAUCCAAGGGCAAUAAUCUCCGAUUUUCAUGGCCUUGCCCUCUAGACAUAAGUACUUAUGCUGGAAAUCACUACACCAUGCAGACUAAACUGUAUUUGCUAAUUGAUCACUUAAUUACUAUUCAAGGUAUUGUUGGAGUAUUACAGUACUUCAAAUUACAGAUCAAAUGAUGUUUUAACCAUUUCUUUUUUCAUUGCAGUAUCUUAAGCCUGAACACUCUGUAACAACUCUUAAUGAAUGA